AAUUUCCUCCUCCUCUUGUUGGUAGCCACGCUCGCAGCACUUCCCCUCCCGCCCCGCAGCUCAUCCUGAGACAAACGAUUCUGAGGGCGCUCUCCCUCUCUCCCCCUUAUCCUCCUCUUCCUCCCUCAACAGUCCAACAUGCAUUCACAAUCCUCCAUGAACUCGCCUCCUUGGCUGUCUGCUAAGCAUAAACGGGUCGCUCGCGACUCCUUCUUGCGACUUAAGAGUCUUCCCAGGGCAUCGUCUUCCUGCUCAUUGGAUGGCAUGGAUAUUGAACAAUGGGAUGUCACAGACUCGGAUAUACUCGGUGAAGGAUCGCACUCAGUUGUGUUCAAGUACCAAACUCCGUCGGGGAGUAUUUACGCGGUCAAGGAACCUCGUUCCCCUGUUGGUCUAGACUCUCCCAAGUCCUCGGACUGCAGCCAACAUCUCCGUCAUGCCAACAUCGUCAGCCACAAGGUCUUUGGAUCCAAGGGGAGGACGGUGAUGGAAUACAUCGAUGGUGGUUCUGUACAUGAGGUUAUGGAAUCCGAGGGCGCGUUUGAUGAGGAGAGGACGAAAGAGGCUCUGUAUGACGUGUUGCUGGGACUCUCCUAUCUCCACCGCCACGGAAUCGUUCACAAGGACAUCAAGCCUGCCAACAUACUGUAUGAUACCACCACUGACAGCUACAAGCUCUGCGAUUGGGUGGGAGACUGCGACCAAGUCAGCAGCGCCAAUCGUGGAGUGUCUUGCCCAGUGGGGUCGCCAUCGUUUUUGGCUCCUGAGGUGAUCAGGACGCAGCAUCACUCAGAGGCCUCGGACAUCUGGGGCGUUGGUUGCACUGCCUUGAACAUGCUGACUGGCAAGGUGCCUUGGGAGAAGGAAGACAACGUCUUUGCGAUAAUGUUCAAGGUGUCGCAGGGUCACCACCCUGAGUUUCCCUCCGACAAGAUAUCAGACAACAUGAGAGAUUUCCUCGAGCUUUGCUUCAAGGCCGAUGCAGAGGAACGUCCAUCUGCAGUCGAGCUCCUCAACCACCCUCUUUUCAUUGUCGACGAAUCGUUCAGCAGUCUGUUCCGGUUGAACGAGGACAACGAGUCAGGGACUGAGUUUGUGGAUGUCAUCGAAUCAAAGUUCGAGGACAGCUUGAAAUUCUCAGCUCCAGCUUCCAAAAGCAGAGGGAGGGUCGAUGGCAUCCUCGAGAGGCUUCAGGCGCAGAUCAUCGGCGACAAAGCUUCCAAGUGCUCGGCUAAGAUUGAUUCUAAGCUUGCGAUGUUCUCUUCUAUCCUUCGAAUUUUAUUGUUUUGAAUUUUCCCCAUAAAGUCUUUUUGCAUUCUAAUAAAGCUUAAACAUAACACGUC